CACUCUGUCUAUCCGCGACGUACAAAUAGAGUGGCCAUUCAUCUCUGCAUUGAAGCUGAAAAUGAAGUGCGCCACUGCUGCUCUCGGUACAAAGUUCUUUUACGAACAACUACAGACAAUAAAAGUGUGACUAAAGUCCGAUGCAGUCAACUGUGUAAGACGGAGAACCUGAGGAAGGAUUCGACAAUAGAGUAGAAACCACAGAAGAAGGGACGUCUAGUGCUCCUGGACCAGUCUGUUUAUCACCAGCCUGUGGGCUGCUCUUCAGGCUGAGGUUCCUGCCCUGUAUGCCCAGGAAGAAUGACCAGCUCCAGGGUCCAAACAUGCUGCGACAGGCUAAAGGCCUCCUGCCCUGAUCCCCCAACAGGCCUGCUGGCUACCGUCAUAACCAAAGUGACGAUGGGUGCGGUUCUCUUCGCGGUGGUCUGGUCGGUCACGGAGAAGGAGUGCCUGCCCGGGGGGAACAUGUUCGGCAUCGUGAUGCUGUUCAUCUGUGCCGUGUGCGGGGGGAAGCUGGUGGGGCUGAUCCAGUUCCCCACGCUGCCCCCCUUCCCUCCCCUCCUCGGAAUGCUGUUGACUGGCCUGGUGCUUCGGAACGUCCCCUACGUCACCAACGGCAUCUACAUCCACCAAUCAUGGUCGGCCGCGCUGAGGAACGUCGCACUUGCGGUUAUCCUGACCAGAGCCGGCCUGGGGUUGGACGGCUCUGCGCUGAAGAAACUCAAGGCGGUCUGUCUCCGGGUGGCGGCGGGUCCCUGCACUAUAGAAGCGUCCACAGUUGCCGUGGUUUCACACUUCCUGAUGGGGCUGCCCUGGAUGUGGAGCUUCAUCCUGGGGUUUGUGCUGAGCGCAGUGUCCCCUGCCGUGGUGGUCCCCUCCAUGCUUCUCCUGCAGAAGGACGGGUACGGGGUGGACAAGGGCAUCCCUACCCUGCUAAUGGCUGCUGGGAGCUUCGACGACAUCCUGGCCAUUACCGGCUUCUCCACCUGCCUGGGGAUGGCCUUCUCCACAGGGUCCACCUGGUACAACCUGGGAAAGGGGGUCCUGGAGGUGAUCGGGGGAAUGAUCGCAGGGAUGGUCCUCGGGUUUCUCAUCAAAUUCUUUCCCAGUCAAGACGAAAAACACGUACUGAGGAAGCGAUGCUUCCUGCUCCUUGGCCUGUCUGUGUUUGCUGUGUUCGUGAGUCACAUUGCCAAUUUCUCCGGCGCAGGUGGACUGUGCGCCUUGGUAAUGUCCUUCAUGGCGGGACUAGCCUGGGGCGGGGCAAAGGCUCCUGUGGCAGCGGUCGUUGGGUUAUCCUGGGAAAUCUUCCAGCCGCUGCUCUUUGGGCUAAUCGGAGCUGAAAUCACAGUGUCUACACUGGAGCUCAGUACUGUGGGGCUGGGUAUGGCUGCUAUAACCAUUGGCUUGGCUGUGCGCGUUCUCUUCACCUACUGCAUGGUACUGUUUGCCGGAUUUAACGUAAAGGAGAAAGUGUUCGUCACCCUGGCUUGGCUCCCAAAAGCAACUGUGCAGGCUGCCAUUGGCUCCAAGGCGCUGGACAUGGCCCGGAGCAAAGGGGACCCCGUCCUGGAGAAGUACGGCAUGACGGUGCUAACGGUGGCGGUCCUGGCCAUACUGGUGACCGCGCCCAUCGGGGCCCUGAGCAUCGGGCUGGCGGGGCCCAGACUGCUGCAGAAGCGCACAGACCCCGCCGCAGGUAAACUGGAAGGAGAGGGUAAUCCUGAAAGCAGUAACGAUUUGGUGUUCAUGACGGAAGCAUCUGUAACUUAUGAGAGUAAGUUGUGAUGCCGAAGACUCCACAGUGAAGACCUCACAAUGAAGACUCCACAGUGGAGACCCCACAGUGAAGACCCCAUAGUGAAGACCUCACAAUGAAGACUCCACAGUGGAGACCCCACAGUGAAGACCUCACAAUGAAGACUCCACAGUGGAGACCCCACAGUGAAGACCCCAUAGUGAAGACCUCACAAUGAAGACUCCACAGUGAAGACCCCACAGUGAAGACCCUACAGUGAAGACCGCACAAUGAAGACUCCACAGUGAAGACCCCACAGUGAAGACCCUACAGUGAAGACCGCACAAUGAAGACUCCACAGUGAAGACCCCACAGUGACGACACCACAGUGAAGAACCCUAUAGUGAAGACCACAUACCCACAGUGUAGACCCCACGGUAAAGACCCUAAAGUGAAGACCUUGCAGUGAAGAACCCUAUAGUGAAGACCUUCCAGUGAAGGAAAGUAUAGUGAAGACUCCACACCCACAGUGAAGACCCUACAGUAAAGACCCUAAAGUGAAGACCCCACAGUGUAGAAUCUACAGUAAAGACCCUACAGUGAAGACCCCACAGUCAAAACCCAACAGUGAAGACCACACAGUGUAGAUCCUACAGUGAAGACCCCGCAGUGUAGAACCCAACAGUGAACACCUCACAGAUAAGAUGCUACAGCGUAGACCCACAGUGAAGACCUCACAGCAAAGACCCCCCAGUGAUGGCCCCACAAUGGAGACCCCACAGUGUAGACACUACAGUGAAGACACCGCACCCACAGUGUAGACCCCACAGUAAAGACCUCACAGUAAAAACCUCACAGAGUAGACCACACAGAAAAGACCUCACAGUAAAGACCUCACAGUAAAGACCUUACAGUAAAGACUCUCAGUGUAGACCAAACCGUAAAGACCUUACAGUAAAGACUCUCAGUGUAGGCCACACAGUAAAGACUAAAAAGUGAAGACCUCCGAGUCAGACGUAGACAGAAAGGUGACCUGAGGGACGACAAGGACUUGCCGAAAACAACGACUAUCAAAGCAGUUUUGUGUAUUAAAAAUGUAUUAUUUGCAAUAUUCAUGCUGAUCAUAUAUCAUGACUAAACUUCAUCACACAUUGGUAGCUAGAGAAUGGAUGAUAUCAUAGAAAGAAUGACACAAAUGCAUUUAAUGUACACACACACACACCAUUUAAACAAGUAGAGUUGAUUUUCUAUGAAAAAGCAUUACCAUUCAUGCAGCAGUCAUUAUUAUUAUUAUUAUUAUUAUUGUGAUUGUUAGUAGUAUUAGCAGUAGUAGUAGUAUCUUUUUUAUGAACAAUACUACAGUGAAGUUUGUAUAUAUUUUUUGCUUAUCACAAUAUUUCAUGUUACUCUCUAUAUGCAUAUGACCUAAUAAAUAUGACUGGAAAGUCAUAUCAAAGCACUUAUCCAGUAAAUCAUAUAGUAGGCUAGCUAUGCUAGAUAUAUUAAAGUAAAAUAUUCAUUAGAAAGAGAGCAUCUCCAGGUCACUAAUGUUUAGUGUGUUAAAACAUAUAUGUUGCUUAAAUGUAAAAAAGAUUUACUAUUAAAAAAGAGUGGACACACACCCACACCAUCAUUUAAUUGAAUUUCAAAUCAAGCUUCCUUAUGACAGCUAUUCAAUUAUGAAUAAUCUUUUAGGAUUCUCAGAGAUGUCAGACAUGUAAUUGACCAUUUGGCUGUUGUAGUCAAAGGAAGCUUCAAAAGUAGACGUGGGAAUUGUAAUACAUCCCACUUCCCAUUUUCAUCAUGGUCAAGUGGGAGUGAUUGACAGAAGAUACCCCUUUCCAGGUGUUAGGGACCGCCUUCCCUCCACUUCCAGAGAACCAGAGAACAGCUGACAGCCGUUUCUCUUGGAGGAAAAACCGGCAGCACUUCUGAUCACCACCAUCAGAUUACCCACAGGAACUAAGUCCAUCAAGUUUUGUUUCCAUCUGAAUGUAGUGCUGUGUCAAGGAGUCAGCCUAAAUGCAUAACCCUGUCUUUUGUACCUGUUUGAAUAAAGGUGGUGAACAGUA